UUGUAUAUAUAAAUUGGUCAUAAUUUUUUGCCUUGAACAACUCCUCCCUUGGGCAGUUAAUGUAUAUUUGCAGUUGGCCCUGAGGUUGUAUAAAAGAGGUUGUCAUGUAAACUGAGUUUAGUGGAUGUUGGUUUUGUGAUAGACAGGAAAUGAAUAGAAUUUAGAAGAAAGGGGGAGGAAAAAACAAAACCACUGGAAAAUUCUGGAAGGAACAGGGCAGAUAGAAUGGAUAAAAACCUAAAACUAGCGAACAGCUGUUGGUAAAGAUUCCAGAACUGGUGAGCAGAUGGCCCACAGAUAGGUGGUCAUGGAUAGAGAGCAAGGGAGGGAACGCCACUGUCUUUUACAAGUGACUGGUAUCGUGAGGUGUAGAACCAAGAUCACUCUCGGGAUUGAAUUCAGAGUCUGAGCUCAAUUUUUCUCUACCUGUCAGGGGCAGACUCUAGAGCUGCUCUUUCUAGUAGGAUAGCUAUUGGCUACAUACAACUAUUUACAUGAAAAUAAAUUAAAAUGAAAAAAAAAAAUUACCUCCUCGGUCGCCCUAAGCUACAUUUCAAGAGCUCAUAGCUAGUGGUGGCUAGCGGCUGCCAUAUUUAGACGGUGCAGAUGGAGAACAUUUUCAUCACCGCACUAAGUUCUGUUUGACUAGCACUGGUCUGGAGGGUGUGACUGAGAGUAAUAAACUAUAAACUAUAAUUGUAACCUAUUUUCUGUGGCAAAUCAACCUGUCAAGACCAAGGCAGGCGCAGAUAGAUUUUUAAGGUUGGUGUAGGUUAAGAAAGUGAACAAAGUUGGAAUCAGCACACACGUUAACUGAUGCCACCCAAGUGUGUGAUUAAAUGAAAUACUUGUAAUGUGUUUACUGGUCCAGGGUGCUUCUGUGCACUUGUAUACCCCUGAGAUUAUUCAUUGUCCGUAAUUUGCCCAUCUAUGGCAAGUCAUUAAAAAACGUUAUCCUUCUUUUUGGGCAGAAAUCAUGCAGGAAGAGUGAUCUUUGCUGUCAGUUUGUAUUUAACUUGAUCCUGCUCAUGAGGUUAUAUUAAAAUGCCUUUAGGGAAACUGCGGAAUCUAUGUCUUAAGUUGUGACCUAAUAAUUGACCCAAGUCAGUGAGAUGGUUUAGACUGUGUUCUCUGGCCCUCCUUAAACACAUAUGUUAGAUCAUGAACAGGGUCAGGAGGAAUGGGAAAAGGAGGUAGAAGAGAAAUAGAAGAUUCAUCUUUAGCUAGAGUGUGUAUAAUUCAGGCACCAGAAGAGUAAGAAUCUGCCUGUUUCCUCUUCUCCUGUCUGCUGUGUGAUUUCUCCAACCAGACCAGGAAGUAAUCCCUGAUGGCUAACCUCUAAUGAAGUGAGAUCUCAGUGGAAGGGUUUCUAAUUACGGCCUUGAAACCGAUAACAUGAAGAACUUGGUUCUGAAACUGCGAGCAUCUUCUCACAACUUACAGAAUUACAUAAGUAGCCGGCGGAAAAGUCCAGCUUACGAUGGGGACACUUCCCACAAGCCCCCCAACGAACUCCUGACCUCUGUGGUGGAGCUAAUCGGUGCUGCUAAGGCCUUGUUAGCUUGGCUGGACCGGGCUCCAUUUACAGGGAUCACCGAUUUCUCAGUAACGAAGAACAAGAUCAUUCAGCUCUGCCUGGACCUGACCACUACAGUCCAGAAGGAUUGCCUUGUAGCAGAAAUGGAGGAUAAAGUUUUAGCCGUAGUCAAGGUUUUAAAUGGCAUCUGUGACAAAACAAUACGAUCUGCUACAGAUCCUGUUAUGAGCCAGUGUGCGUGUCUGGAGGAAGUUCACCUGCCAAACGUUAAGCCUGGGGAAGGCCUGGGCAUGUACAUCAAAUCAACCUAUGAUGGAUUGCACGUGAUUACUGGAACCACCGAGAAUUCUCCUGCAGACAGAUCUCAGAAGAUUCAUGCUGGUGAUGAAGUCAUUCAGGUUAAUCAGCAAACUGUGGUGGGAUGGCAGCUGAAAAAUCUGGUGAGGAAGUUGAGGGAGAAUCCUACUGGCGUCGUAUUACUGCUUAAGAAGCGCCCCACGGGCUCUUUCAACUUUACCCCUGCCCCCCUGAAAAACCUACGGUGGAAACCACCGCUGGUGCAGGUAUCCGUUACUGGUUGUGAACUUCACCUGGUGUCAGCACCUGAACAGCGUCAUCGUUGUUGGCCUCCAGAAGUGACAAAAUUGAAGACCUCACCUCCACCCACGACAACCCAGUCCCCUGAAAGCACAAUGGAUACCUCGCUGAAGAAGGAGAAGCCCGCCAUCUUGGAUCUUUAUAUCCCUCCUCCACCAGCCGUUCCCUACUCGCCCCGGGAUGAGAACGGGAGUUUUCUUUAUGGAGGAUUCAGUAAGUGUAAACAGCCCUUGCCUGGACCUAAGGGCUCAGAGUCCCCAAAUUCCUUCUUGGACCAGGAGAGCCGAAGACGGAGAUUUACCAUCGCUGAUUCUGAUCAGUUGCCCGGGUAUUCGGUGGAAACCAAUAUUCUGCCCACAAAAAUGAGAGAGAAAACACCGUCUCAUGGCAAGCCCCGGCCUUUGUCCAUGCCUGCAGACGGGAGCUGGAUGGGGAUCGUGGACCCUUUUGCCAGACCUCGAGGUCAUGGGAGGAAGGGUGAGGACGCCCUCUGCCGGUAUUUCAGCAAUGAGAGGAUCCCUCCCAUCAUCGAAGAAAGCUCCUCGCCCACAUACCGUUUCUCAAGGCCCGCGGCGGAGAGGCAGCUGGUCCGAGGCGCAGACUGUGUCCGAGGGAGCAGGUGCUACAUCAGUUCAGAUCUCCACAGCAGUGCCACGAUUCCAUUCCAGGAGGAAGGGACCAGAAAGAAGCCGGUGGCCGCGGCGGCCAAGUCCUCCUCUACAGAACCGUCCCUGCUGGUCAGCUGGUUUACCCGCCUGAAACUGUUGACUCACUGAGCCCUGCCCUCCCUGGACUCUUCCCUGUCUCCUGUUCCCAAGUGCCUUGCUUCCUCAGUUGACAGCCUCUUCUGGUUUUCAUCCACAGUAUUACGUAGUGACCUUAUGCAAUUUCAUUGUUGUUUUUUUCUUUUGGAAGUUGUAUACUGCCCUUCUUGGAAUCUCAAAGUCAUUGGAUGGGAACAGAUCCAGAGGAUCUUAGGUGUUGGCUUGUGGAGGCAGGAGAGAAAUGAGUAGAGUCGGCUUUUCUUGCUUCCUUAGAGUUGGAACACAGAGAUGCUAUAUAAACUGGGGCCUUGGCCAGGGAUGGUAUGGCCAUUAUGAGGCCAUUGUCAGCUUGGGAGGCGGGGCUAAAAUUGGUGGCCGUUGUCACCCAGAUGUGUUGGUUUGUGGUCCAGCUUCUUCACCUGAAAGAAAGCCAAGGGAGAAAACAUUUUUGUGUUGAUUUUUCAAGCUAUGUACUGUAUUCGUAAGUGUAGCAGCUUUGACUUUGAAAUAACAUGUAGCAUGUAUUUCAUGCUGUUUCAAAGAAGUGGGUUAAGUGUAGGCCUGUUACACUUGGUCAUACCCUUGUCAUAACCAUCUCCAUAGAUAAGUCAAUUAAUGCAGAAACACGUGAACACGUUUAGAUAGGGCUUAUUACACACAAAGAAGUUCAUGGUUAUUUGUGAGGGGGGUGUUAUACGUUGUUGUCUUUAAGGGAAAGAAGCUAUAAGAUUUGCUGACAGCCAAAGUAUCAUGCAGAAAAAUGAAGCAACAAUAUUUAGGUUUAUGAGAGAUACAUCAGUUUGCAUUUUGACUGUUUAAUGCCUGUCUUCCGGAAAAAAAAAGGCAGUUCUUCAAAAUUGUACAUAUUUGCUAAAUAGAAAUCUCUUGGAAAGUCUCACGGUCACUCAUUUUCAACUAGCAUCAGGUAUUUUGGAAAAGUGUGUCUGGAUAUUAACUCUUGUUUAAACUGAAUGUAUGAUAUUUUGUUAGAACAGAAAAGUACUAUCUUGUUAAUUUAAGUGUUUUAAAUAUAGUUGUAUAUUUUUCUUACUCUUAGUCACAUGUAAUUUGAAAUAUCUUUGUUUUGCGUCUUACAUGAAGUUAAUGAAAAAGAGUGUUCAAGGUGUUUUCAGAUUUAUAAGUGGCCACUGUGGCCGAUGCCAGUGUGGGCGCUAUCGUUAAAAAACAAAAUAAACCUUCCCAAGCA